GAGUAAAGGAGAGGAGGAGGAGCUCAGUAAGUUAUAAAAACCUGCAGGAGAAGAAAACACCGAGAGGAGACCGAAAACAAGGAGACCAGCCGAAGAAAAGUACCGAGUGAACGUUUCUGAGUCUUUGUGUUGAGAAGCUGAAGCAAACAUGAGUCACGUCGACGUGAAAAACCUGAAACCCUCCAACAAGUUCGAGGAAGAACAUUAUGACGAAUAUGAUUAUUACAGUCUGACCGACAAAUACGCAGAAGGCUCGGCCCGAAAAGGCCGAACCAAGAAGGAGGCCAGCGACAACACGAACCGACACAACCCCGCCGGACACGAGCGGAAGAUCGCGGAGAAACUCCAGAACAGCGAGAAGAAAGCCAAGGAGUGAUGACCAAGGGCGACUCGGACAGCUUUACCUGGAAACUGACCACGGCCUUGACGUGCAGAUUGAUGGAGCUUGUUGGAGCUCUGCUGGGAUUAACCUCGGCGUGGCGAAGAGCCUGCAGAUCCAGGCCUCUUCUCUGAUGCCUGCAGGGGUUGCACACUGAUCUCUGGUGUUGGAGUUUACCUGAGUUCAGAGUCAUGGCUCAGGCCACAGAGGUGCACCUUCGGUUGUGACUUUGCAGCUGAAGGAUGGUUGUUUUUACAAGGUCGUUUUAUAAUUAAAAUGUUUCAACUAA